UGAAAAACACAAAACUUUCACACAUUUGAAAAAAAAAAAAAAAAAAAAAUGUCUUCUCCUUCCUUGAUCACCACCACCAUGUCAUUGUUUUCCCUCUUCAUUCUCUCACUCUUUCUUUCCCAAGCUCAUGCUCAAGUUCCAUCUAAUGCCACCUUCAAGUUUGUAAAUGAAGGAGAAUUUGGUCCAUAUGUUAAUGAAUACGAUGCAAAUUACAGAGUUCUCGAUGUGUUUGCCUCACCUUUCCAACUCUGUUUCUACAACACCACCCCAAAUGCCUACUACCUCGCCCUUCGCAUGGCUAUCCAACGCACCGAGCCGAUUUACCGGUGGGUUUGGGAAGCCAACCGUGGAAACCCAGUAAAAGAAAACGCCACCCUCACAUUCGGAACCGAUGGCAACCUUGUGUUGGCAGAGGCCGAUGGCAAAGUCGCUUGGCAAACCAACACAGCCAACAAAGGUGUGGUGGGCUUCAAAUUGCUGCCAAAUGGUAAUAUCGUCCUUCAUGACUCAAAGGGUAACUUUGUAUGGCAAAGUUUCGAUCACCCUACCGACACUUUGUUGGUGGGUCAGUCUCUGAAAGUUGGGGGCGUGACUAAGCUUGUAAGCAGGCUCUCAGAGCAGCAAAACGCAGAUGGACCAUACAGCUUGGUAAUGGAGCCUAAAGGAUUGUCAUUUUAUUACAAAAGCAACAACUCAGCUAGACCACUUCUCUACUUUUUUUCAUCAGAUAGAUUGAGCAUCCAAAAGGGCUCUCUAGAAUCUGUCCAAUUCCAAAGCGAACCAGAAACAGAUGAAGCUUAUGCUUACGAGCUGAGAUUUGCGUACCAAUCAAAAGAUGGCUCAAGUGGAGGAACUUCAAUCUUGUCCAGGCCCAAAUACAAUGCCACAUCCUCAUUUCUUCGACUUGGAAUUGAUGGGAAUGUUAAGAUCUACACUUACUAUGACAAAGUGAGCUGGGGUGGAUGGCAGGUCACUUUCACUCUGUUCGAUAGGGAAUCGUUUUGGGAUGUGAGCGAGUGCCAAUUGCCGGAGCGAUGUGGGAAUUUGGGUGUGUGCGAGGACAACCAGUGUGUGGCAUGCCCUUCGGCAAAUGGGUUGAUUGGGUGGAGCAAAAGUUGUCAGGCUGAGAAAGUGACCUCUUGCAGACCAAGUGAUUUCCAUUACUAUAAAGUAGUGGGUGUUGAUCAUUUCUUGAGCAAGUUCACUAAAGGUGAUUCUGUCAAGGAAAGUGUCUGUGAGAGCAAGUGUUCUAAGGAUUGCAAGUGUUUGGGCUACUUCUACAACCAGCAGAGUUCGAGGUGUUGGAUUGCUUAUGAGUUGAAAACCCUCACGAAGGUAGAGAAUUCCACACAUGUGGGCUACAUUAAGGCACCCAACCACUAAUAUUAUCGGACGACCCACUUCAGUUGUUGUAUUUGGUAUUAUUCCGUGAAGGUUUUAAUUUAAUCUUAUAUGUUCUUUCAGUAAUUUUAUUUUAUUUUUGCUUGGAGUUUGUUUUUGUUUUUUGAAUUGGCACUAAUAAAUAUCUUACUUUGGUUCUCCAUAUGGAGAACAAAAAUUAUUAAUAAGAAAGUUUAUUUAUUUGCUACAUAUUUGUCUUUAAACUUAUUAAUGUAUACAAUGAAGCUCUUUUAUAUUGCAAUAAAUCGUUUUUAAUUUGUUGGAGUAGA